AUGCCUUUUCUUUCGUUCAUUCUUUCUUUCUUUCUUUUUUCUUUCUCUCUUUUUUAUCUUAUUCUCUACAUUAGUUUCUUUCUUUUUUUUUUUCUAUUUGUAUCAUUUUUCCCUUUCCCUUCGGAAUCUCUUUUUCGUUUCUUCUUUCUUUCUUACCUUUUCUUUCAUUCUUCAAUAUUUUUACAUUCACUACUUAGAAGCGGGAAUGAUUUCUGUUUUUUCAUUUGUACAUUUUUAUUUGGCUUUAAAACCAUAAUUUCUACUUUGUUUAUUUUCUUGUUCGUUCCUUCUUUCUUUCUUUCUUUCUUUCUUAUUUACAAUUGUACACUUCUGUAUUUCUAUCUUUUUUCUUCUACACAACUAUUAGCUUUGUUUAUUGGUUGUUUAUUUCUAUCUUUCUUUUUCUUCUUUUCUUUCUGUUUUCUUUCUUUCUUUCAUUCUGUUUUUCUUUCUUUCAAAACACUUUACACUUUCUUUCUUUUUUGUUCUAAUCAUGUAUUAUCUUUUUUUGUUUAUUUUUCUUUUUCCUUUUCUUUCUUUCUUUUUCUUUCUUUCUUUCAUUCUAAUGUUAGCUCUGUUUAUUUAUCUUUUCUUUCCUUCUUUCUUUCUAAAUGUAACCUUUUUGUUGUUGUCGCCUCUCUUUAUAUAUUUCUUUCGUCCUUUCCUCCUUUUUUUUCUAAUACCAUAUUAAUUUUCUAUCUUCCUUGCCCUGAUAUUUUGCCAUAUACGCUGAUUCCGUUUCUUUUCUUUCUUUUCAUUCAUAUUCGAAACUUUUUCUUCUUCUGA